AUGUCUAGAAGACCAGUUUUAGAGGAAGUAGAUGACGAUGAGAUCGACAAUCUUGAUAUGGAUAUUGCAGAGUUUGAUCCAAACUUGAAGACUCCUGUGGCACCAAAGAGACCAGAACCAAAAAUUGUUCGUUCGCAAGACCAAGAUCAAGAACCACCAUUAUUUCCUCAAGUUCCAUUCGGCGAUGUUGUGCCUCCACAAAAUACACAACAAUCACAGCUGAGAAGUAAUGUUCUUGAUCCCGAGCAUUUUACCCCGGAGCAAAAAGCCCAAUUUGAAAAGUUUCAAAUUAUAUAUCCAUGUUAUUUCGACAUAAAUCGAUCUCACAAGGAAGGAAGGCGAGUCAGCAUUGAUCGUGCAGUUGAAAACCCAUUGGCAAUAGCUAUUUGUGAUGCUUGUCGUGCAUUGCAAAUUCCAGCAUUGUUGGAGUUGGACAAGACCCAUCCUCAAGAUUUUGGCAAUGCCGGCAGAGUAAGAGUUUUGUUAAAAGAUUUCAAGAAUGAUAACAAGCCAAUUGACCCAAGACUUGCCAACAAGAGGAGUUUAUAUAAUAGAAUAGCUGAGUAUUUGGCAGAUCAUCCUACAAGUUUAGAUAGUGUUAGCGCUAAAAGUGGUAUUGCAAUCCCACCGGAUUUCCAAGGAGAUUUCAAAGUGGAGGAGAUACCCAAAGUGAAGGGAUUCCGGAUGAAUACAAUUGUUCCUAUUCAUUCAAAUUUCACUAUGAAACACCCAAUGACGAAAAGCAUCUAUGACCCUGAGCCAGAGACAAGCGCAAACUCUGUUCAAAAUAAGCCAAAUGUGCCUAAAAUACCAAAGAAGAAGAUUAUGAAAAUUCGCGGAUAG